UUUUUAUUUUGGCGCUGUAAUUGGUAGUUGGCGGAUAUCACAAAGUAGCUAACCAACCAAAACCAGAGUCUCUACACUCUGUUCCAAAUCUCCUAAAACCUUCUUCUUCACCAUUUUUGCCCACACACACAACAAAAAAAAAUCUCUCGGACAAAAAUGAUUCACCACUGCUCCAUCACGAAACCCACUUUCUCAGUUCCGAUCCCUUCACACAAGCAUCGUCAUUCCACAACCUUCUCGAAUCUGACUUUCAGAAUCCGAUGCGAGUCCAAGGAUGUCUCGUCGAUGCGGACCAAUGCGUUUUCUUUGUCGUCGGAGAUGGAGUCUGAAGUGAAAAAGAGCGAUCUUUACCCAGGGGGGAUGCCAAAGAUGGGUCCUUUCACAGGGAGGGAUCCGAACGUGAAGAAGCCUGCUUGGCUGAGACAAAAGGCGCCACAGGGAGAGAGGUUUCAGGAGGUGAAGGAGUCGUUGACUCGUCUCAAGCUCAACACUGUUUGUGAGGAAGCUCAGUGUCCUAAUAUAGGCGAGUGUUGGAAUGGAGGUGGAGAUGGUAUAGCAACUGCGACCAUCAUGGUUCUUGGUGAUACUUGUACUACCAGUUGGGGUGUAGACUACAUAGUUAUAACCAGCGUAGACCGUGACGAUCUACCUGAUGGUGGAAGUGGACAUUUUGCACAGACUGUUAAAGCUAUGAAGAGACUUAAGCCGGAUAUAAUGAUAGAGUGCUUAACUUCUGAUUUCCGUGGAGACUUGGAGGCUGUGGACUCUCUUGUACACUCGGGAUUGGAUGUUUUUGCUCAUAACGUUGAGACUGUGAAGAGGCUCCAGCGACUUGUGAGGGAUCCUAGAGCCGGGUAUGAGCAGAGCAUGUCGGUGUUGAAACACGCGAAGAUCAGCAAACCUGGAAUGAUCACAAAGACUUCCAUAAUGCUUGGUCUUGGAGAAACAGACGAAGAGAUAAAGGAAACAAUGGCUGAUUUAAGAGCUAUAGAUGUUGACAUUCUAACACUUGGUCAGUAUCUACAGCCAACUCCACUGCAUCUGACCGUGAAAGAGUAUGUGACACCUGAGAAGUUCGAUUUCUGGAAAACAUACGGAGAAUCAAUUGGAUUUCGCUAUGUUGCAAGUGGUCCACUGGUGAGAUCUUCAUACAGAGCAGGAGAACUUUUUGUCAAGACAAUGGUGAAAGAAAGCUAUGCUAAAUCUUUGUCUUAGUAGAGCAACGAUUGGCUUUUACUAUCUAAAUGCCAAACAUGUAAACUGAGACUCAACAACACAAAUACUUCCCCUCCAUCUUUUUUUUUCUGUCUUCUUGUUCAAUUCAUUUAUGAGAAAAUGACAAAAAUAGCACUAAAUCAAGUUUUUGUUCCCAAA